UUAUUUGUGAUUUAAUUUGUGUUUAAAAUGCCGUCCCGUUUUAGUGAAAACGAACAACGGCUCAUAUUAAAAGUUAUCCAGUAUUUCAAACUCGAAAAAAUGCUGGAAAACCCCUUUUGCCUGUGUCGGCUGUUUACGAUAGAGCAUCGGAGGCUUUAGGAAUUUCACGCACGACUGUGCAAAGAAUCAGUUCUAGAGGAAUCGUGAAAGAUGAAGAACAAAAAGCAGCAACAAGUCACAGAAUUGCUUUGUCCCGUGGAAUUCCUGCUUAUAAGAUACAUGAACAUACAAUUAGAACACGUAUUGGUACCCACGUAUUUAUUCAAUGUAUGCUGCAGGGGAACAUAUUACAUUACAAACUUUGCAAGCAAACCUUCAAAACAUUGAUGAUGUUCAGUUGUCUCUGACUAUGUUGGGGAAACGACUUAAAUAUUUGCAGUUUAUAUGGCAAAGUUGCAAGCAUUCUAACAGGAAGUAUUUAAUGGAGCAGCCAUAUAUUGCACAGAAGAGACUGCAAUUUUUACGACAAUAUAAAGAAAAUCAAAUCUCUGAUUGUUCUUUCAGACCAGUAUUUCUUGAUGAAACCUGGAUUUACAGUAAGGGUGGAUUUAGAAAGAGCUGGCAAGAUGGCAGUCUGCAAACAGUUCGUAAAACAUCUGGAGAAGGAGUAAGGUAUAUUGUAUUGCAUGCUGGGUCAGAAGAUGGAUUUGUGGAGAAUGCUAGCUUAGUUUUCAAAUCAGGCACUAAAUCGGGUGACUACCAUGAUUCAAUGAACUCGGCAAAUUUUGAAAGUGGUGUGAAGAACAAUUAAUUCCAAAUUUAGGUGAUAAUUCACAAUAAGCUCUUAGGAAUUAUAUUAUGAUUUUUUUUAAAAUUAUAUUAUGUUUAAUGGGAAAAUCUAAUAUUGUCUAAUCUAAAAUUUAGAUGAACCAUCUCUGAUUAUAAUGGAUAAUGCUCCAUACCACAGUACCCUUUUCGAGAGAACUCCAAAUCAGAGUUGGAGUAAGGAAUCCCUGAUUAAUUUCUUGCAAGGAAAGGGAAUUCAAUCACCACCUCUGGCAAUGAAAGAUCAGGUUUGGAAUAUAGUCAAGCAGAAUGUUGCACCUAAGAAAUACAAACUGGACGAAUUAGCCAAUGAGAAAGGACAUCGUGUGUUGAGACUUCCUCCAUAUCAUUGUCAGUACAAUCCCAGCGAAAUGGUAUGGUCAGAAUGCAAGCGCUACUAUGAUGCCAAGAUUAGUGCCAUUCAUCCUGUUACAAGUGAUGCAGUAUUAGGUCUUUGGAAAGAAGCACUUGAGAAGGUUACACCAGAGAAAUGGAAGAAUUAUAUCAGACAUACCAAUAGCAUAAUCGAUAAAGCCUGGGCCCAAGAACAACUGAUUGAUGCCUCCGAUAUUCUACCUGUAAUUAUCGACACGAAUGAUUCCGAUUCAGAUGAGGACAAUUAUUUAACUGAGGGAGAAGAAAGUGUGUAGUGUUUAGUGUCUAGUAUUAUUUUUCAUACAUAUUGUUUUAUGUUGUACAGUGUGAGUCAGUGACAGAGUAUAGAGUAA